AUGCCUUCCCAGAGGCAUUCGAAGACCGAGCCCGCCGCCGCCGCCGCCGCAGCAGCAGCAGCAACAGCCCGCCCCCUGCCUCCCGCCCCCGAGGCAGGAGAAGAAGUCCCUGCUGGAGAGGCUCUCUCCUCCUCCUCCAGCGAUGAAGGCAUCGUCAGCCCGCGUGAUGAUGCCGAGAUGGAGGAGGAAGAAGGAGAAGAGGCAUCUCCCGCGAGUGCUUUCCGCCGCCUCCCGCCGCCUCCCUCCGCCAUGCCUCCUCCCCCAGGCUUUGAGGAGCCUUCUUCUUCUUCUCUCCCCUCUGACCCCACAGAGGCGACGUCGUUCUCGGCGGGAGAGCAUCCCAACCCCCCGGGGUGCUCUCCCGUUGAGCCUUUUCCCCCUCUGCCUGCGGAGGACUUUGCGGCGCCUUAUCCCGAGGCGCACAGCUACCCUCCCCCCCCGGAGGAUGCUGGUGCCUCGGGAUCUGGCUACCGGGAGAACGACUGGGACCUCCCGGGUGUUGAGACCGCUCCCUCUGGGUACAACGACCGGCCAGUCACUGGCGACUGGAUGUCUGGAGAAUUCGUCCCGGUGAAUGUUGGCGGCAAGUCCUUUUGCGUUCCAAUGCGCCUACUCUCCAAGUACCCCUUCUGGAACGCCCUGUUGUACCUGGAGCAACCCCCCCAAGGCUGGUCGAUGCCCGGCGUCGAUCCCGAGAUCUUCGUCGUCCUCAUGGAGUGCGUGUACUCGACAUCAGGCCUCCACGGCACCGAGAACGGCCUGAACCUCGUCAAGCUCUGCUACGCCUACCUGCUCGCUGGCAGAUGGAGCAUGGCCCACGAUCGGAGGAAGCUUCGCGACACGGCCUACCGCUACGUCGUCCGCAGAAUCUUCUUCUUCAACCCGCACGUCGCCGAGGACCAGCGGUACCUCCACCGCGGCCACUUCAGAUACCGGUCCGAAGAGCUGUACCGCACCUGGGAGCUCGUGCGCCAGCAUCCCGCCCUCGAGAGGAUCCUGAGCCAAGGAGACCUGGUGUCGCUGUACGCCGUGACCAUCCCCCACUCGCUCUGGCCGGAUCUCGGCGCUCAGUUUGACUAUUCGUUUCCGCAGCUUGUCGAGGCUUCGCUUGCGGCGAGGCUGAGCUCAGAUCAGAAUGCCUUUCAGAACUGGUUCCUCCGAUUCUUUCGCCUGGCUGGGUACUCGGAUUUCGGUUGGCUGUCGCGCGAGGCUGCCGAUAGGUUCUUCGGACCUCUUCAUCUGGAUGAUGAUGGAAACCCUGUUCCACUCCAGUUUCGUGCAGAGUUUGCCGCUGCCCGAGCUCGCAAUAAUGCCUUGGUCAACGAAUACGAGGUCCAGCAAGGUCAAGGACAGCCCUUCUUUCCAGAUACUCCCGCCUAUGCCGAAGGAGAUGUUGAGGCCGAAGACGUUGACGUUGAAGGAGAGCCCUUCACUGACGAUGAUUUUGACGCCGAGGGAAGCCCAAUCCCCGAAGAUAAUCUCGAUGCCGAAGCAGAAUCUGUUGCCGAAGAAGAUGUUGAUGCAGAAGGCGAGCCCAUCAUCGAAGACGACGUCCUUCCCGGCCCCAGCAUCCUUUCCACCCCCACCAGGCGUUCUGAUGCCGGAAGACGACCUCGAGUCCACCAUGAAAACCGCGUGCGAUUCGCCGAGGAGCCGGAAGUCUGUGUGUUUGAACCCUAUCAAGGGCCCAGUUUCGUUGCGCCGACACCUGCUCCGUCUGGAUUUGAGGAUACGGACGCCAUGGACUGUGAUCCUUUUAUGGACUAG